CGCCCCUUGCAAGUGGCAAUCAGUGGGGCCUCACAGGCGAGCGGUGACGCACGCGCGAGAGGUGUUCGUCGCAUACCUACGUACUGUUUCGACCGCUGUCACAGAAUUGAUACGAGUAUUAAUAAUCUGAUAACAAUAAAAAGGCUAAAGAAAUAUUGUGCAGUGUUUUAGCUGUCUUAACACGGAUUGCGAACCAAAUUUAACUUUAUUUAAGCUCCCUAAGGACGAUAAAAGAUUGAUGCAGAAUUGAUGUAAUUCGUGCUGAAAAAUAUGGAAAAUUUCAAAGAAAAAAUAUUGAAGUGGUCGCAUAAAAUAGCCAGUGAACACAAAUUUAAUGCUGGUUAUAAAAUAAACGUCCAGCAAGUAACGGGAACGGGUUACUCCAGUGCUACUUUUAAAAUCACAGUCUCUGAAGCAAAUCGUGAACUAAAAAUGUUCGCCAAAAUAGCUAAUAUCAUGGAGGACUUGAGGAACAGUUCCUACAUAAGAUUAUUUACCGAUGAGUUACACUUCUACACAGACAUUACAAAAAUAUUCAAAGAAUUAGAAAAUCAGUAUAAUGUCCUGGAAAAGGAUAGAUUCCUGAUGCCCAAAUGUUAUGGGGGCGAUCUGAAACCCAGAGAAGAGACAAUAAUAUUAGAGGACAUGAGUAACAGCGGAUUUUCGAGUGUCGACCAACAUUUGCCCUUCGACUGGGACUUUGCUUCAAAGUCUGUAGAGCAGUUGGCAAAAUUCCAUGCUUUUUCUUUUGCUUAUGGGGUGCUCAAUCCCGCUGGUUUAACUCAAAUGCUAGAAAGCAAGCCGUAUCACGUGUUUGACUCGCCUGUCAUGAGAAGGCUAGGAUUUGACCAGACGGUGCCAUUGGCAUUAGAUGUGCUAGAUGCCGAUCUAAAGCAAUUAAUGCAGCAGUAUUUAGAGAGCCAAGACCGUUUUUCUGAAUUUUUGUGCUUGUACAGAAGCGCCAAGCCACGCGUGUUGGCACACGGAGACUACAAGAUUAACAACCUCAUGACCCGUCAGCAUGAGGGGCGCCUGGAGAUGGUAACAGUGGAUUUCCAAAACAUCCACGCUAGCAACCCCGCCACAGAUCUAGUUUAUUUUAUCAUGUUGGGUUCGGACGCAAAAUUCCGGGCGCAUAACUUGCGUCGACUUCUUGACCACUACUAUGCAGAGUUGGAGAGGGCACUUAGUCGCUUUUGUAUGCACAUCGAGGACAUCUACCCUAAGGAUACUUUCGAAGGAGAUUGGAACCAGGCGCUCCCGAUCGGGUUACUCGCUGCGCUGAUGAUCCUGCCGAUAACACUGGCAGAUCCAGCAGCGAUGGCAGCCGGGCAGACAAAGGAAAUGACGGAAAUCGUUAGUUCCAACGCGACGCUUAGGUCGCGAAUAACGGAAAUUGUUCGAGACUUCAUAGCAUGGGGCGUUCUAACGAGAUAAACUACAACAUAAGAUAUUUUUAAUCAUAAGUUAACUGAAGCUUUAUCGCUAACAUCGGCGAUUUGAUUACUAUUUAGACGACGGAGACAAGAUGAACCUCGGGGCAGAAAAUGAAAUGUAUUAUUGGGCGACUUGUGCUUAUGUUAUUAAGUAUUUACCUGCUCUUCACGUAAAGUGGAGAUGAUCUUUUUUACACUUCAAUCGGUACUGCUAAAAGUGCUAAACAAAGAAUCCUUCCUGAGUAUGCCUUGUAAUGGUCAUGGCCGGUUUUUUUUAAAGUUUAUUGCUAUUUAUUAUAUAUUAUUGUUAAAAUAACAUCUAUUAUUAUCGUAUUAUCAAUCUAUUGGCAAAACAAUCUCUUGAUAUAUCUACGUCAUAUCAUAUCGUGAGAUAAAAAAUGUAAGAUUAUAACAGAGAUUGAAGUAUUGUGGAUAAUUAGUUCGCUUGUGUAACCAGAGAUUCAGUGUUAAAUUACAUAUACAAAAUAAAUAUGAUGAGGAAGUGGCUUGUUUAUGCAAUACUGAUUACUGCCUUAUUUAUAAAGGAUUCCCAAGAGUCAGCGCUGCGAAUAAUUGGUGGAGAUGAGGCUCCUUCCAAAUUCGGAUUUUUCCACGUUUCAUUACAAAACUUAACCGGACACCAUGUUUGUGGAGGAGCAGUGGUGUCUGACCGACACGUCGUGACAGCGGCACAUUGUGUUCAAAAUGCUGAACCACAAUACAUUAAGGCUGUAGUGGGCACGACGAACUUGGAUGAGGGAGGCAAUUCAUACGAUCUUGAAUCUAUACGCAUCUUCAAUGAUUUUAAUUUUAGCAACAAGACUAAUGACUUGGCUGUUAUUAAACUGGCUAAGCCUUUUAAUUCAAAUGACGUUGAAAUAAUAGAGAUAGAUCCAACGAAUUUAAAUGAAAACGAUGAAGUUACUUUAACUGGGUUUGGCGCACGAGAGGUUAAUGGUGCAUCCAGUCGUUUAAUGCACGUCCUUGAACUGACAGUGUUCAGUCAAGAAACAUGUCAGUAUGCCAUGCGUUAUACUCGGCCAGUCGAUGUAAAUAUGUUUUGUACGUUCACUAGAAUCGGUGAAGGAACCUGCCAUGGUGACUCUGGUGGACCGAUAGUGAAGAAUAAAAAACUAGUUGGUCUUGUUUCAUGGGGAAUCCCCUGUGCAGUAGGGUUUCCCGAUGUACACACACGAAUGGCGCCUUUCUUUGAUUGGAUUCAAUCACAGAUAAAACAGUUUUGAUACAAAAGUUAAUGUUUGUGUAAUGACAAAUAAACCGAAGUAUCAGUGUUUGACCGUGUGGAGAAUGCACCAGCAUCACCUAACUCUUUAGCUUUUGUAUGUGUAUAAUACUUUGAAUAAGAUUAUUAGAAUUCAUUAAAUACUGAAAGAACACCUACUGUAAAGGCUAAGGCAGCACCUAGUUGUCAACCUUACAUCCACUAUUAGAGAAUAUUAAACCGAAACUACCUAAUAAAGACAGAUUUUAACCCGUGCUUGGGAAUAUCAA